UUGAGCUUGGCGGACUUGACCAAGCACACAAUCCUGGGGGCUGGAACGUUCGGCCAAGUAUGGCUCGUGUCGCGCCCAGGAGCGGAUGGUAACGAUAGAGCAUACGCAUUGAAGGUACAAUCCAAGUACGAACUUUCUCAAAGCGGGCAAGCUCGCUCCGUUGUCCACGAAAAAGAAAUUAUGGCGGGCCUGAACCAUCCGCUAGUCAACCGGCUAUUGGGGGCGUUUAAGGACGUAGACUAUAUUUACAUGCUCAUGAACCUGGUCCAAGGAGGUGAGCUGUAUGGUGUCAUGCACACUUCGACGAGCGACAAGUUGUCGGAAAAUGUCUCGAAGUUCUAUAUUGCCGGAAUUGCUGAAGGACUUGGAUACAUGCAUAGCCGUGGAUUUGUGUAUCGUGAUUUAAAACCUGAAAACGUGCUCAUUAGCAACGAAGGUUACCCAGUAAUCAUCGACUUUGGAUUCGCAAAAUACGUUUCGGACAUGACCUAUACUUUAUGCGGAACUCCGCUUUAUCUUCCUCCUGAGGUCAUUCUGAAUCGCGGCCACAAUUGGGGCUGUGAUCAUUGGUCAUUGGGAGUUUUGCUCUACGAAAUGAUUCUUGGUUAUACGCCGUUCUACGGAAUGGAUCAAAUUGAGCUUUUCCGAGCCAUAGUGAAAGGCAAAUUUUCUCUUCCAAAAUGGAUUUCAGCUGAGGCUAACAGCUUGAUGAGUGGACUCUUGACCCGUGAUCCGCGCAAGCGCCUCGGUAGCCUAUCAGGGGGCGAAAAUGACAUAGCCAAACAUCCAUUUUUUACAGAUACAGACUUUGGCAAAAUCCGUCGUAUGGAAUAUCCAGCUCCUUAUGUUCCCAGUAUUAAGAACCCGCUGGACGCCUCAAAUUUCGAGAGCUGGACGCACGUAAACGACAAGCUGAAGACGAAAUAUCCCAAGCUUACCCGUGAAGAAGCCAAGAUCUUUGACAAUUUCUGA